AUGGCCGCCUGGUUCUCCGCCGAAGACGCGGAGGAGGAGGUCGGGGAUUUGGAUGCCGGCCGCGGACAUGGCGCGGAAGCGUGGGACGAGGAGGAAGCAGACGAAGAGGAAGAUCUGACUCGCUUGUAUGUGCCGAACGAGCAGAAGUGGCAGGCGCAUCUCGCGGCUCUCGGGAAGCAAGGUCGCGCGACUUUGAAUGCGGUACGACGCGUCCAGCAGCAUCUGCAGUUGAAGCAGCAUCCGCACGAAGAGCCCGCUGGCUUGGCUGCCGUGGCUGGCGACUCUCUCUGCCCACCCGUGGUUCUUCCUGUGCAUGCAGCGCCUGAGCUGGCGGCGCCGCGGAGCCCGGCUCCAGAGCGCGCGCAGCCGCUGCCCGCUUCUCGCUCCGAGCCACAUCUCACACUUCGCGGCAUCUCAGCCGAUUCCGUAACCUCGUUUUCUUCGCAGCCAGGCGCGGGCACCUCUGCGGAUCUGUCGUCCCUCCUCUCGCCUUCGGAGAAGCAUCGCCGCGCGCAGGGGGAGGAGCUUCUCGAAAAGCGUCUGUUUGAUCUGACUACUCCGGGAGUGUCGCGCGUGACGAGCGUGGCUUUCGUGUCGAGUCUCUGCCGCUUGGACAAGAAAGAAAAAUCUGAAAAAGUGGAGGGCGCAGGCGAACUCGAGCGGGAGGCUCUGAGUCACCAGCUCGCCCUCGCCCUGCUUCUCGAACCGCGCGGCAGCAGCGUAGACCGACCAGAAACUGAUCAACAACAAGUUCUUCAUCAGCUCGACACCGUCUGCUCGCUCGCGCGCUGCUGCGUGCGGCCGUGGCGGCACCUGUUGCCGGAACAAAUAAAAGCGACCUGCCUCUCUGGAGGCCUCAGCAACAAGCUAUUUGUAGUGGAUGCCGACGUCGGCGGGGAGCUGAGGGAGGGAGGCGCAGGAGAUCGCAGUGCCUCGGAGUCGGGUCGCCUGAGCGAAGACCGCCGCGGCGAAGAGACUCCAAAACGCGUCCUGCUGCGCGUUUACGGGCACCCAGCUGGCACAGAGCUCUUCGAUCCUCGCGCGGAGCAAAAACUCUUCAAGAAGCUGGGCGACAUCGGAGUCGCACCGCGCUGCAUCGCCGAAUUCGAUGGCGGCCGCGUGGAGGCGUGGAUUGACGGCCGCACGCUAAAGACCGAGGACCUCCACGACGAAGACACGCUUCUCAAAAUCGCCCGCGUUCUCUCGCGCUUCCACCAGACGUGCCUUCGCCCUCUGCGCCGGUGCGCCUCGGAGACCGCGCGGCGGUCCUGUCCGUGGUGUGCGGUCGUCCCGCUCGCUGCGACUUCUCUGCCGCUCAGAAGUCGCCCCUCUGCUUCGCUGCAUCGCUUUCAAAGCCCCAGCGGGGAAAGCGUUCAGGAUGCCCUCUCGCUGAGUCCACACACACACCACCACAGCUCGUCGGCGGCUCCGUCGGCCGCGCGGCGUGACCCUCCGCCGGCGGGCGCGCCCUCUGCGCCCUCGCAGGCGGCGUUGCCUGCUUCCCCUUCGGGCUCAGCGGACGGCGGCUUCGACCCGGCGAAACCCGCCGGCAGCUGUCCGCUGUCGGGCGAGUGCAGCGACAGCAAGUCUGCUGCGCCCUUCUCCCCCUGCGAGUGUCUCCUCUGCCGCACGGAGCUUUGGGCACUGCUCGCCGAGAAGUCGCAGCGCGAGGCGGCGCUGCUCGCCCAGCAGACUGCGGAAGUCGCGGAGGCCGCGCUGGAAGAAGCCGCGGAAGCCGCGGCAGCCAAAGGCGAGGAAAAACGCGAGCGAGCAGACCAGGCACAGGGCCGCCCAGCCGCAGAGCGACUCCGCGCUGAGGCGGAGCCCGCGGCGACACCAGACGGGGCGGCCGACCACGCCGAGGCCGCGCGCCACCGGAGCGGCGAGGAGACACCUGGGAGCGAGACCGAGGGGAGGGAGGGACAAGACGCCAGCGGAGAAGACGAAACGGAAGCGAUACGCGCAGCGGAGCUGCUGGCGGAAAAAGCGGCUGUGGCGCUGGACGAGGCGAAGGCGACUGUAGGGCUGAUGCAGGGCCUCGAUCUGGAGAAGUACAUGCGAGAAGCAAGGCAACUCAGAGAGGCGAUUUUGAGUCGCGUGAGGAGGGAGCUGUCUCCCGAGAGCCUCACGAGCGUCUACAGCGGCGCGGAGCGAUGGGCGCUGCUCUCCGCGGCCUCGCCGGUCCUCUCGCACAACGACCUGCAAGAAAACAACUUGAUGCUAGCGAACGCAGGGCGACUGCACUUGAUUGACUUCGAAUACGCGACGGAGAGUUUAAGAGGCUUCGAUAUCGCAAAUUUGUUCUGCGAGAUGUGCAUCGAUUACACGUCAGCUCAGCACUUCCCCUUCUUCCUCAUCGACUCAACACGGUAUCCCGCGCGCGCGACCCGACGCAAGUUCAUCCGCGUCUACCUCGAGAGUCUGCUCGCCGUGCCCAAGAGACGGCGCAGCGCCGCGGACGCCGAGAGCCGUGCGCGCGGCGACGCGAAGGAGGGCGCGUCAUCCAGCGCAGCACUGGCGUGCGUGAACGGUGUAGGCGGAGAACGAGACGGGGAUGCGACCCACGACGAGGUUAACGAUGCGAUCAUCACGAACUUUGAGCACAUGGUUGAGCUCUUGACGCUGUCUUCGCAUCUUCUUUGGGCCUUCUGGUCUGUUGUGCGGACGCCCAUGCGACAGUCGGAAGAUGAGUUCUCUUAUCUCAGAUACGCCGUUGAGAGGCUGAAGCUGUACGAGGAGAAGAAGACCGAGCUCAUUCGUCUGGGAAUUCUGACUGCCGGCGCAGACGGGAGACCGUCGGCUUCUGCGUGA